GCUAACUGCCUUUACCUUUUUUUAUCCUUCACAGCUCAACAAGCAGCAAUUACAGAUACUAAAGGAGCAUUUCCAGCUCUUCCUGAAUGGGGAGACACAAAUUGUAGCAGAUGAAGCAUUUUGCAACGCUGUGCGAAGUUAUUAUGAGGUUUUUCUCAAGAGUGACCGAGUUGCCCGAAUGGUUCACAGUGGAGGAUGCUCUGCAAAUGACUUUAGAGAUGUUUUUAAGAAAAACAUAGAAAAGAGGGUCCGAAGUUUGCCAGAGAUUGAUGGAUUAAGCAAGGAGACAGUGUUAAGUUCUUGGCUAGCCAAAUACGAUGCCAUAUACAGGGGAGAAGAGGACUUUUGCAAACAGCCGAAUAGAAUGGCAUUAAGUGCUGUAUCGGAACUUAUUCUGAGCAAGGAACAGCUUUAUGAAAUGUUUCAACAGAUUCUAGGGAUCAAAAAAUUGGAUCACCAGUUGAUUUAUAAUGCCUGCCAACUGGAUAAUGCAGAUGAACAAGCAGCUCAGAUCAGACGUGAGCUAGAUGGACGUCUACAACUGGCAGAACAAAUGGCAAAGGAGAGAAAAUUUCCAAAGUUUGUAGCGAAAGAAAUGGAGGGCAUGUAUAUAGAAGAGUUGCGGUCUUCAGUGAAUUUGUUAAUGGCAAAUUUGGAAAGUCUUCCAGUGUCUAAAGGUGGCCCAGAAUUUAAAUUGCAGAAGUUGAAGCGAUCACAGAAUUCAGCUUUCUUGGACAUAGGUGAUGAAAAUGAGAUUCAGCUGUCAAAAUCUGAUGUGGUUCUCUCAUUCACACUAGAGAUUGUAAUAAUGGAAGUGCAGGGUUUAAAGUCAGUAGCUCCCAAUCGGAUUGUUUACUGCACAAUGGAAGUGGAAGGAGGAGAGAAACUUCAGACUGAUCAGGCAGAAGCUUCAAGGCCACAAUUUUGCCACAGAGUCUGAGAUCUUUGGCUUGUGUAGUACAACAUUUUUCCUCUGUCAGUGGUCAGUACAAGAUGACAUACUGCAAAUGGAAGGCCAAACCACUACUCCUUCACAAUACUGCAUCAUAACAAAUUUACAGUUGUGUAUAUGGAUAUGGCAAGAUCUAAAACAUGCUCAGCUCAGUCUCGGUUAUGUUCCGUUAACUGGAAAGCAUACCAUGCUGUUUUAUUUAGGCCACACAUCAGGUCCAUGUACUUUCAGAUCUCAUUUUGUCUGAGCAGACUUCAGUCAUCAUCUCUUUCAAACCAUUUUUCUGGCAUGCUCCCUGGGCAUGGAUACUCUGUCUAGUAACCCUUCUGGAAGUGGUACCCUGUGGUCCAGCUCAAGUGUCAACCUCUCCCUCACUAAGACACCUCAGUAUCUUAAGGUUAUCAUUUCUUUCAGCUAUGUUCUAGUUAGCAUUCCAAAUCAUCAUUUAUCCCAUCAAGGACAAGUCAUAAUUAAAGCACAUAGACUUGCUAAACAAUUUCUGAAAACAGUGAUAACAGGGAAGGUAUGCAAGUUUAGACAAAAUGGCUAACAGUUACACAACAGUCAGUUCAGGGCUUCCUUCUAACACAGUGUCCCUUGCAGACAGUGACCUUUGCCUUUGGCUGUGACAGCAGUCAGACAGGUUCCCCUUCCAUGCCAAAAUCUUUGCUUCUCUUGGAAUUUGUGUGUUUUUAAAGAUGUGACUUCUUGCUUCCUUUUCUGGGGAACAGGAAUUUUUCCAAACCCCUUUCCCAGAAGAUCGUCUGAAAUAGUGGAUUCCUUCAAUUCAGUGACCCUUAAGAUAGCCAGGCUGUUCUAAAUAAGAGGGCAUAUGAACAGUACACAUGCCAAGAACUGUGCAAAGGAGAAGAGUUGAGCGAUCAUAAGAAAAGAUGAGAUUACAGAGGUGUAUAUGUUGCCAAAUCUCUAGGCUUCUGUAAAUCUUAGGACCAGCAGAUGUUUGAUAAGUAGAAGUACCACUAAAAGCUGAUGUCAUUUUUGUGAUUUUACAAUGCUAACAUAUACAUGUUGAGCCUGGAUAAAAAAUGGCAUUAAGAAAAAUCUCAAGAAACCUUAACUUCCAGCUUUGUAGUACAGUUGAUCAACCUGUCCUUUUAUACCAGAUGUAAGCAAACUACAGCCCUCCUUAGAGCUAAAGCCUUGCCUCUGAAGAAUGUAUUUUUCUGCACUGGCAUGUUGUUACUGUUGACAAAAGAGAAAUCCAGCAAAACAGCAUGGAGGAAACAGAAAUACAUUGAAAAACAAACAGAUAGCUUAGAAUCAUAGCUAGGCCAGACACUUUUCCUCACUAGUAGAUGUUUAUUUAACUGAAGCACUGACCUGUCAAAGUUAAAAGAGAGUAUCAAAUCAUUUUAUGUGCUUGACAUUAAAACUAGGGAAGAUUUUAAACAUGCAAGGUAUGUCUGUGUGAUGGAAGGCAGUGCUUUUCAGAGAUUCCCCAUUCAAGAUUUGUGCGUGCUUGCUCUCAAACCAGAAGUGGGGUAAGCUACAUUACUGUGGAGCUGCAUCCAGGCCAAUAUACUCUGCUGAACUAUCACUUAAAGAUGUAAUACAGGAGAUAUGCAGUGUGCUGCUUUCUGCAGAUAGCAGAAUGGAACUGUGAGGGAAUGUGGAAAAAAAUAAGAUGAGCUGAAUUGGAGGUCAGUACAUAACUCUAAGAUAAUGAGGUUUCCAAAUCACCUGCUUGUCAGAGGGGCAUUCAUUGAGCAUCAUCACUGUUUGGUAUGGCUAAUUCAGAGAUACAGGGAGAAAAAAGUACAAAGACUUAAUUUUAGUAUUCAGAAUUUGAAACCCAGUACUAGUGGUCUAUCUGUGGCUCCAAGGAUUUUGAAUUCAGAUUGAUUAAAUGUUUAGAAUGGUAUCUGAAAAUAAAAAUCUAAAUUGAGGUCACUUAAGUGUGGAGAGUCAAUCAGAAUUUUACUUGAAUAAAACCUGAACAAGGACUUCAGAAUAUGUCCAUUAGGCCAAAAUUUGGAAAAUGUUGCUUGUGAAACGAAUGAAAAGAUUUUUUUUUUCUUUUAAACAUGCAUUUCAGUUUUCUAAAGAAUUAUUAAAGACUAUCAUGAGAUCAGUAAAGAAAUUAGGAAGGAUGUUCUUUCAAAGAGAAAAAUAAAAUAAAUUAUAGUCUAACAAAUAAGAAAAUAAUUAGUUUUAGGGCUAAUGUUUUAGGUUAGCCUAUAUUAUAUGGGUUAAAAGUUGAUGUAGUUUCUCAUUGCCUCCAACUGAAUUUUUUUGUGAACUUUACAUGCUGUUGAAUGUUUUAUAUAAACAGGUUUUCCUCUUUUAAAAAACAUAGGUAAAGUUCCACAGUGUAUGUAGACUAAUGCAGUAAUGCAUUAAUCAGGAAAGGUAUUUAGGACAGAUUCUCAAUUCCAGCCUAUUAUAGGCAUAUGAUUCUGUGGCUUACUAAGGCCUACUUUUCAUUCAGUUGUAUAAAUUGAUUACAGUUGUACUGCUUCAUCUCAUGCCAGCCCUAUUAAAGUUUUAUUACUGCCUGUGAAAUAUUUCUUCCAACUGUUUCCUGCCUGUUAGUCCUUCAAAAAAGCCCACCAGCAUGGCCAAUGACCUUUUCUGCCAGAGAUCUGUAAGCAGAACCUUUAGAAGAACUCCUUCAGCAAUAUCAAGCUAAGCAAAGCUUUGUUGCUUUGACACCCUAGGGGGCCUCCUCUCAAAAUAAAGGAUAUCUGAUGCUCAUUUCAGUUUCUUCAACUGUUACUGAUGUUGCUUCUCAAUUUGAUGGUAUCCUCUACA